AUGACGUCUGGCCUUUCUCCAGAGCAGUACUGUUUUCCAGGCUCUAAUGCUUCUUGUGUUAAGGCAGAGUUCAGUGAGGGGGCCAAAGUUGUCCUCUAUUGGUUGUUUGUUUUAGGUAUGCUGGUUACCAUUAUAGGGAACUCUGUUGUCGUUGUGUCAAUAGGCCAUUUCAAGCAGUUGCAUAAUCCUACCAAUGUGCUUAUUCUAUCUCUUGCUCUUGCGGACCUUCUUGUGGGUGUCAUUGUGAUGCCUUUCAGUGCCAUUCGAACUGUUCACGGCUGCUGGUUCUAUGGUGAUGACUUCUGUCUGCUGCACUCCAGUUUUGACAUGUUUCUUACCAGUGUCUCUAUCUUCCACCUAAUCUGUAUUGCUGUAGACAGACAACAAGCUAUAUGCAAUCCUCUGCAUUACUCUAGGAAUAUCACAAUGUCAGUGGCCUGGGUUAUGGUAUGUGCCAGCUGGACACUGGCUGCUGUUUACUCUUAUGGUUUACUUUACUCAAAGGCCAAUGUUGCAGGGUUAGAGGAUUAUAUAGCAUCAAUAAACUGUCUCGGCAGUUGUAACCUUCUCUUUAACUCUCUCUGGGGAAUCCUGGACACUGUUAUUGCCUUUUUCUUUCCAUGCACUGUGAUGGUGUGUCUGUAUGCAAAAAUAUUUAUUGUGGCUACAGAGCAUGAAAGAAAAAUUGGAGAUCCAAACAGCUGUUUUAAUGACAGGGUUAGAGGUGGGUUGAUUAAACAGUCUGAGCAUAAGGCUGCAAAGACUCUGGGUAUUGUGCUUGGUGCAUUCAUCUUUUGUUGGAUGCCCUUUUUUAUAAAUUCUAUAAUUGAUGCCUACACUGGCUUCAGUACACCUGCUACCAUCUUUGACGCAUUUGUUUGGUUGGGUUACUUCAAUUCAACAUUAAACCCAAUUAUUUAUGCUUUCUUUUAUCCUUGGUUUAAGAAAUGCUUUUAUCUCAUUGUCAAUCUGAAAAUAUUUGAUCCCCAUUCUUCAACUAUAAAGGUGCAUAUUAUGACACAUUUUUAACAGUACUGUUAGGUAUUUGUAUGUUUGCAUUAACAGCAUAUUUAUAUGUUAUAUGUUUUUGUU